AGAGGGCGACGCCAGCUAUUGACUAAUGGAAAGAGUUGAUAGUAAGAGGCGGGAGUAAGAGCUCCAACGAUUGGCCGGCCGUGGCUGUAGGCGCCGAGGCGGGAGCUCCCGGAGGUGGAGGCAGCGGGUGGGGGCCUGGCGGAGUGGAGGGGUAACAAGAUGGCGACUGAGACGGUGGAGCUUCAUAAGCUGAAGCUUGCUGAACUAAAGCAGGAGUGUCUUGCUCGUGGUUUGGAGACCAAGGGAAUAAAACAAGAUCUCAUCAACAGGCUCCAGGCAUAUCUUGAAGAGCAUGCUGAAGAGGAGGCAAAUGAAGAAGAUGUACUGGGAGAUGAAACAGAGGAAGAAGAACCAAAGCCCUUAGAACUGCCUGUCAAAGAGGAAGAACCUCCUGAAAAAACUGUUGAUGUGGCAGCAGAGAAAAAAGUGGUAAAAAUUACAUCUGAAAUACCACAGACUGAGAGGAUGCAGAAGAGAGCUGAACGAUUCAAUGUACCUGUGAGUUUGGAGAGUAAGAAAGCUGCGCGGGCAGCUAGAUUUGGGAUUUCUCCAGUUCCAUCAAAAGGCCUGUCGUCUGACACCAAGCCUAUGGUUAACCUGGAUAAGCUAAAAGAAAGAGCUCAAAGGUUUGGUUUGAAUGUCUCUUCAAUCUCCAGAAAGUCGGAGGAUGACGAAAAGCUGAAAAAGAGGAAGGAGCGGUUUGGGAUUGUCACAAGUUCAGCUGGAACAGGAACCACAGAGGAUACAGAGGCAAAGAAGAGGAAAAGAGCAGAGCGCUUUGGAAUUGCCUGAUGAAAAACUUUUGAUGCUUUCUGUUCUCCAGUGGUUUCCACCUCUUUGACUCUUCCUGGUCACAUAUAUACCUAAAUGCACAGUUAUGUGCCUAGGUCCUGCCUUGGAAUGAGGGAGCAUGUACCCUGGGUACAUCUGUAAACUCCAGCAGCAGUUUGACUUAUUGCAGUUCCAACUUUAAGGGUUUUGUUGUUGUGUUGUUGUUUUUUAAUUAUUAUUUUGCUUGU